AUGGCUACCACUGCAUCUAAAACGCCUUACUUUGGGCUUAAAGGGAAGUGGCUUACUUACUGGAUUACGUUUGCAUGCAGUGUAGAUAUGCUCAUGUUCGGCUAUGACCAAGCAGUCUUUAGCGGCGUCAUCGUGACUGACGAUUUUCUCGAGCUUCAUGACCUCGUCGGCCCGGAGAAGACCCGUAUGCUAUCCACAAUCACAGCAAUAUAUGACAUUGGCUGUUUCGUCGGAGCGAUUCUGGCCUUCACUAUUGGGGAAUCAUUAGGUCGAACGAAGUCCAUCCUCAUCGGAACCGCGAUUAUGAGCAUCGGCGCUAUCUUGAUGGCAUCGUCUUACAACUUGGCUCAGAUGUUCGUUGGCCGCAUUGUGCUAGGAAUCGGCAACGGAGUCAACACGGCUACCGCCCCGAUUUGGCAGACUGAGACAGCUCCCGCUCACUGGCGCGGGAAGCUGGUCAUGUUUGAGAUGAUGAUGAACAUUGUGGGAUUCUCACUUUGCAAUUGGAUCAACUUUGGUCUAUCAUAUGCAGGCGGUGCCGUCGCGUGGAGGUUCCCCCUCGCCUUCCAAUUCGUCUUCAUCAUCGCGCUGUUCGCCACUGUUCCAUGGCUGCCUGAGUCGCCCCGAUGGCUGAUAUCACAUGGGCGGGAGGAAGAGGCAACUCAGAUUCUUUCCUGUCUCGAGGCGAAACCAGAAGACGAUGCGUUUGUUAUUUCUCAGAAGGAAGAGAUACGAUUUAGUAUUGAUUACGAAAGAGAACAUCGUAUCCAGUGGAGAGAUCUGCUGCGACCUGAUCCAGGCGCAACCAGACCACUGCGCAGAAUCAUUUUAGGGGCUGGCACGCAAUUCAUGCAGCAAUUUGAAGGUAUCAACAUCAUGAGCUAUUACAUGCCGGCCGUUUUGAUCUCCGCGGUGGGCCUAUCGAACGAGCUAGCACGUCUUCUGACCGCUGUUAACUCAUUGACUUAUCUGAUCUUCUCAUGUGUCUCCGUCACCCUAGUCGAGAGAUGGGGACGGCGAGGACUCAUGCUUCUUUCCACUGCCGGUCAAGGCUUAGCGUUUCUUGUGAUCACGAUUCUUCUCAGAUAUGGUGGUCCGGAAGGAAACCAGAGAGCAUCAGAGGGAUCCAUUGUCUUUUUCUUUCUCUACUUCAUGGCCUUUGGCCUGGGAAUGCUGGGUGUUCCCUGGCUUUACCCCACAGAGAUCAACUCGAUUGCCAUGCGAACAAAGGGUGCUGCAGUGGCCACAGCCACCAAUUGGUACAAUUGA